CCUUAAGAAGAUGGCGGCAGGCGUUAGAGGAAGUGAAGGAAGCCGCUGAAGUGAAGUUCCAAAGAGUGCGGCAUAUUUUCGUCAGUUUUCGUUGUUUCUCUAAGUCAUUCAUCAAUAUGGUCUGUGUGGUAUUAUUUUGAUAAAAUCUUCGAAGCAAGAGCGAUGCAUGGACUAGUUGCGGCUUCAAAUCGCGUGAAACCACCGGAUGGCUUCAGCGCGAGGCAACCUGUCAAGUUUAUUCCAGUGAUCUUAGUGAAUGUUUUUAUGUUGCUAUGGCUGUUUGUGGGUAGUCUUAACGCACUUUCCGAAGGUAAGUUGUCUCAAAACCUUUUCUUUUUGCUUUCUUUCUCGUUUCCACCUCUGGGGUUGACUGUGGUCGAUUAAUUUUGUUCAAGUAGCUAUAAGCUUCCGUGAUUGUUCAAGAGGUAGUCAAGUAAAUGGUUUAUUUGAUGUAUUGACCCCAGUUGAGUAUGUUUGUAUUUCAGUCUUUCUUUCCUUUUUUCUUCCUCCUUUAUUUACGUUUUAUUUAACUUUUGAACAUGGACACGAACACAAGCGCAUCCUAAGAAAGAUUCGUGUUACUACAUGAGAUAUUGUGAAACUGUUCAUCAUUGGUUUAGAAUUCAUGAUCAAAUUUUUUAUGUUCCUCCUUUUUGAUUAUGUCGCGAAAUAAAUCGUGAGAGAUCUGUUUGCCCCGCUACUCUUAAAGAUUAUAGGGACUUUGCUAAGCCAUCUUCCUAUGCCUUAUUUUCCCUUAAAUCCACAUGAUAAAUAUUCUAUGAUUCUGUGGUUUACUGGGUAAUAGAUCAACCACAGAGUUUCAUAUCCUUUUGUUUUUAUCUUUGUCUUGAGAGCUUUUCUGUUGACAAGUCAUGCUACGGAAUUGAUAAAGAUGUCAUUGCAUUGCAAUUAUACCUAUUCUUGAAUUAUGUUAGUGUGAAAUUGUGAUAUCAGUGUUUCUCUGCCCAUCUGUUUUGAUCUUUAUUUGACAGUAGUGGCUAACUCAAUUUUUGUUAGACAGGUGGCAUUCCAAUGUUCUACUCAGCAACAUGUUAACUCACCCUCAAAUAAAUUAAAUUGUGUGGUGCUUAAAAAGACCAAAUUUUCAUUCUUUUCUAGGAUAAUAGAGGCUAAUCUUUUUUUUAAAAUUGUUUUAAAAUGUAUAUGCCAUUUAUGUCAUGCUGACUUCAAAUUAACCCUUUAACUCCCAAGAUCUGAUUGUUAAAUCUCCCCUGUGGCUGCUACACAUUUCCUUGUAAAUUAGUUAUGAGAACUUGGUGCUAGAUCAGGAUAGCAGCUUCUACCUGAUAAGUUUGAAUGUUCUCAUUACCUGUUUGUUGAAGAAUGUAAGGAUAUUGUAGGGAGAAGUUUUAUGUUAAUCACUUCUGGGAGUUAAAGGGUUAAGGGAUCUUCAAGAUAAUAGAGCCCUGUUACUUACUUUUAUCUACACCGCAGCAUUAAGAUCAGAUAGCAAUGUAAGGGGUUUGACUAGGUUUCAAGCUGAAGGUAACUGGAUUUGGCCUUCACGCAUAUUUCAUGGAAGGCUUAGAGCCUACCCCUCCCCCCUUCCCCCUUCCCCCUUCUCCCCCCCACCAGGUGGCUUGGAGAUGUGCUUCCUGGCACAAUUUGGAAUUUUUUUCAAUUUCAGAGAUAAAUUUUCUAAAGUUUUAAGCAGAAUCUAACAUGUGUCAGUAGCCAUUUCUUAAGAUAAUUGAAUCAUGAUUUGAUACAUAAUUAAUUGAUGAAUUCCAAGAUAAUUUGGUUUUAUCAGCUGAAUUGAUAACAUAGAUUGGCCACUGUAAAGAGUUUCUAAAGCUGAUGUUUCAAGCAUUAGUCCUUUGUCAGAUUUUCUCUGACGGCUAUUCAAUCCUCCUGCUGCCUGGUCCUUAAACCUUUAACUCCCAUGAGUGACCAGGACAGAAUUUUUUCCUACAACAUCAAUACAACAUAAACCAGAUAAGUGAUGAGAAUAAAGACAGAUAUCAAUUUGGGGAUAAUUAGUUGAUCCAAUACUAAAUUCUCUGAACUAACAUUGUGAGAAUUGUAUGAUUGACAGUAAGGAGAAUUACAAAUUUGAUCUGGGAGUUAAAGGGUUAAUGAAACCCCUGUCUGUAUUAUGGCAGACUUAAGUCAAUUUUUCAAGCUGAAAGCUAUAAACACAAUUCUUUAAAAAAAAUAAUCAUCUUGCUUGGAACAAUUUCAGGGUGUGAAAUUGCGCCUAAUACAGGCACCAAUGUGACUAAAUUUUUCACUUUGGCGACCGAAUCCUCAAAAGUAGUGGCCAAAUUGGUGACUAGAAUGCUUCAUCAUGACCAUACCUAGAGAUAUAGUGAAUUAAAUAGAUUUGCAAAGAUAAUUCUGUGGCAAACUUCCUUGUUAAGUUUGUUUCCAAAAUGUGGCAAAUGCAUCUUGAUUGAUAACAAGACGCCAUCUAGGAUUGAGGUGAGCUUGAAUGUUGUAUAUCAGCCAUCGUAGUGUCCACUUUGUAGAACUUUGUAGAAUUUAAUUUUGGAGGGUCUAUCUAGUAUUGCUGACAGCAUAAAAAAAAGGGUUUUGUUUGUCUAUAAAAAUGGUGACCAACUUUUUUUGAAUUGGCUACCACUUUGAAAAAUUUAGGAGCCAAGUGGCUAUCAGAAAAAAAAAUUAAUUUCACACCCUGAAUUUUCAGACCUCACUUAAACUGAACAAUUAUUUUUAAUUCCUUGACACUAGAAGAAGAUUUAGUUUUGAUUUUUUAAUUUAUUGAUUUUAAACCUUUUGAUUCAUUUUUAGAUCUUACAUUCAUUGAGUUUGAUAAUAUGACAUUGAAGUGCCCUCUGGUUGCCUUAAAUGCCAGCAUCAAUUGGACAGGAAGCAAUGGGGAACAUCUCCAUACUGGUCAGAAUUUCUCUAAGUCAAGUAUCAAUCGCACGAUGAGUGGAAUCUACAAGUGUCGGAAUUCUAGUUCAUCAGAACAUUCUUUUAAUGUGACAGUCCAAUGUAAGUUACAUUUAGUUGGUUUUUCAUGGGUUGUAAGUUCUAAGAAUGAGAAAAGUAUCAUUUUUUUGUGCUCUUUAUGAUAGAUUCCAGCCAUUUAAUUACAAAACCUAGAUUACCAGCUAUCUUUAGUCAGUUGGUUAUAUGAUAUUCCUCUGGCUAUGGACAUUUAUCAUAUGCAUGGCUUUUCCUGAAAGAGCUCAGCUUGUAGAAACUACAUUACCUCUCGUCUGCUAUGGCUAAAUUUACCUUUCAGUGGCAAGACUCACUCUUAGUUUUCUGUAGUAAAAACCUAUUCCCCUGUGUUUGUUUGAUGGGAAACUCCAAUGUGACCUAUUAAUACUUAUGAAAAAAUGGGACCAGAGAAGUGAGUCUGAAUAAUUGAAAAUCUGGAUUAUCGAGGUCUGGAUUAUCAAGUUCGAAUGUACUUAGUAAUUCAAAAUUUGUUGUUUUCCUUUUUUCUUUUUGCCUUUUUAUUACAAUAUUACUGCAUUCAGUUGUAUAUUAUGGAAUCUAACAUAUAGAGAGUUUUUUUUUCUUUUGAUUAGAUGGGGCUGAAGGGAAAAUUUCAUCAAAGACGACAAAUUUUACAUUUGGUCAGAAAAUUGAAAUUUCUUGCCAAAUUUAUGGUGUACCACCAGUUUCUGAAGUAGUCUGGUUUUUUAAGAACAUAAGCAUAAGCUGCUCUAACAUUUCAGGUGAGACAUCACAGACUAGAUUUCAAUUUUAUCUGUCAUUAAUGGUUAUGUUUCUUAAGCUAUUUAAGAAUUGGGUUUAAAAUCAAACAAUAUUCACUGUUUGAUAAAUAGUUUUUCUCCUGAACACCUUUCUAACAGCAUAAAGGAAUAAUAACUAGGGUGUUAACUAGAAUAAGUGCGUUGGUUCUAAAAGGAGAGGUGCUUAAUUGUGGAGUGCACUUAUUAAGAAAUUAUUAACCUGUACUGAUUUUGUUGUGUUUGAAGCUCAAAAAGUUAUAAAUUAAAUGGUAAUAGAAGCUGGUUUUCUUUGCAUCCCUACUAUUUAAGAAAGUGAGGGAGGAGGGGGUGGGUGCUUAUGUGGGGGGGCCCUUAUUAGAGCAUGGGUGCUUAUUCCAGGAAGUAAAAUAUACACACUAAGAGAUCUAUGAAUUAAAUACCUUUAAUACUGGCAGUAUCUUUAGUAUCUCAUUUUUAUUCCUUUUUAUUAGGCUAACCCAUUCAAUGGAAUAAAACAUUAUUGCCCUCUUUUUUUCCCCAGAAGUGGGUCACCAAAUUUGUUAGAUUCUGAACUGAAACUUCCACAGUGAAAUUACAGAGAGAACUGGCACUUUAAAGUGACCAAAGGCUUUUCCAUCUCUCCCUCAUAAUGACUGACAGUACACUCUACUUAUUGUGUAUAAUCCAAGUAACUCAAACUUUGUAUUAGCCUUUGGAUUUUUGUAUCUCAAGCUCCUAGCGAAUUUAAAAAUUUAGUAUCUUGAGCCAGAUAUGUGGAUGUGUGCCCUGGAGUUAAGGUAGAAUUUCUAGAAUGUUCUUAUUGUGUUGUAAUGUUGAAAAUUACAUUUAACUUGUUAUUUAUUUUCAUAAGGAAACAUCUCACGACUGAAAUACAGAAAUGCAACGUGUGGUCUUGAAGGCAAUUAUAUUUGCUCUCCCAGGAACACACUAAAGGAAAAUCCUGGAUUUACUGCACAAAAUGGGUCCACAAUUGUGCAUGUUAAAGGUGAGAAAGCUUUUCCUAUCAUGUCAAAUAUUAUGUUCAUGGGUAAACUACUCUAAUCAUAAUCAUCACAAUUUACCCAAAUAUGACUGGUGCACUAGCUGCUCAAUUUUUCACUUUUUAUUCUGUUGACAAUGUAGUCUGGCAAUUGGCUGUAAUUGGGCACCUGUACUUUCUUUGUAAUUUUACCCUUGAUAACUUGAAGUUGAUUUUCACUUUUGUGAACUAAUGAGCCAUAAUAUUUUGCACCAGAAGAUUGCAUUUUAAUAUCAUUUACUUGUGGUUUUCAUGAUUUUGAUUUGUUUUUUGUUUUUACACUCUUACAUUGCUAGAAAUGUUACAUUAAAACAUUAAUAAGCAUAAAACCUCUUAAAUCAAGUGUUUCUGGUCUUUUUGUUCAAAAAGAAUUAGUAGUAAUUAGUAUUGAUGUGGUCUGGCAAUUGGCUGUAAUUGGGCACCUUUACUUUCUUUGUAAUUUUACCCUUGAUAACUUGAAGUUGAUUUUUACUUUUGCAAACUAAUGAGCCAUAACAUUUUGCCCCAGAAGAUUGCAUUUUAAUGUCAUUUACUUGUAGUUUUCAUGGUUUUGUUUUGUUUUGUUUUUUUGUUUUUAUACCCUUACAUUGCUAGAAAUGUUACAUUAAAACAUUUAUAAGCAUAAAACCUCUUAAAUCAAGUGUUUCUGGUCUUUUUGUUCAAAACCCUGAUAAUUCAAGGUAAUUUUAACUUUGGUUGGCAGUUCAAGUCUCUAGGGUUCAACUGAACUUCUUUUCAAGCCAAUAGAAAUUAAUGUGUGGUUAAUCUUACAUUAAAAAGACAACACUUACAGGCACUAGCACAAGUCAGACAUUACUAUUUUACUAAUUUAGUACAACAGGGACAUCCUAUUCUAGUGAAAAAGUAACAGAGACAUCUGUCCCAAACCAAAUAAGCACCAGGGGUGGGAUCAAUAUCUGGGCAACUGCCCACCUAUACCCCUUCCCUAACCCAACAUUAACCUUACCUUGUUGUCAAUUGACUGUUGUUGAGUUAGUGGAGGGGUAGGUGGGCAGUUGCCCAGAUACUGAUAUUGAGCACCAAAAUGACAUCAAAAACCUCAUUGGAAGGUCUCACCCAAUGGUUAUUCCUCUGACCACACUGCUUGCCUUUUCAAUUACCAAAAUGGCUGGGACAGAACUCACAUGUGAUCAUUUGGUUACAUUAUUUCUGACAUCCCAAAAGCCAGAACAAAUUAUGGAAUUUCAACAUAAGGUUCCAGGAUGCUAAAGUUUGGAAUGAUACAAGUGAUGGUAUAAUUAUGCUUCUCUCUCUCAAAUGUUUUAAGGAAAAGUCAAUUCUUAUUGCUAAAUAUUAAUAGCACAUUUACCCAAACUAUUAUAUUUUUUCUGGUUUUCCAUAAUAUUAAAUACUGGCAUACUUUGCUUUGUUUUGUUGUCUUUCUUUUCCUACCAGCUUUUUUUUACUUUUUCUUUUUGUGUUUUGUGUAGUGUGUGUGUGUGUGUGUGUGUUACUCGACCCUUUAAUAUAAUAAUUUAUUAACCUUUUAACCCCUAAGAAUGAAUGGCAUCUAAUUUCUCCUUACCAUAUCACCCCUGAAUUAAACAUUAAGGUUAGGGGAAUGAAGGUAGUGAUCACCUACAAUAAAAGCUCUUGAUUGUUAGACAAAUUCUCCUUAUCAGCACCUUAGGAAAUGCUUAGAGAACAGUACAGAGAGUUUACAUACUGAUGUUAGGGUGUAAAGGGUUAAUAACUUAAGUAAGGCUGCCCUAUCUUUUAGCCUUCCACGGUUAUUAUAGGCAGCCUGAACUGUCUUCAUUUUUCAUGUAAUAUAUGUUUUUUGUGUCAUGUUAAUUAAUUUAGGUUACAAAUAAAGAGGUUGUUGUUGUUGACUGUGGCUGCUUCAUGAUCACCAACAACUGAAAACAAAUUUGGCAAAUAUGUUGUUUGGCUGUUUUUUGUUAUAAACAAAUUUUCAAAAGUACAUGGGAAACCUUGUGAUCAUAGUUAGGCCUGGUUCAUUGUUCUAUAUGAACUUGAACAACUUUUUAGCAAAUAUUCGAUUUUUGUUAAUUAUAUGAUCGAACAAGAUUUUAUGCCAGUUUUGAAAAUCAGUAGGUGAUACUAGAAGGCCUUCAUAUUUAUUUAAUAAUAACCUUUGAUUACUUGAAAUUAUUAUUAUUGUAGGUUGUCAAGUUAGCAGUACUACUGUUUCAGCAAGUGACAGCACCACGCCCACACCCACACAUUCAACACUAGGUAUUGCUCUUGGAGUUUUUGUUGGGGUACUUGUUGUUGCUGCUGCUGUGGGAGCAUUUUUGCAGCUGAGGUGAGGUUCACCUGCUUUUCUAUUUCAUUAAGUAUAUCUUUUAAUAAUCCUAAAAACCAUAUUGGACUUAACCCUUUAACUCCCAGAAGUGAUUAACAUGUUACUUCUCCCUAUAAUAUUCAUACAUUAUCCAGCAAGCAGAUAAUGAGAAUACUCAAACUUGUUAGGUAAAAGUUGUUAUCUUGAUCUAACACCAAAUUCUCCCAGCUACUUUACAAGAAAAUGUCUAGCAGCUCGAUGGGAGAAUUAACAAUCAGAUUGUGGGAGUUAAAGGGCUAAAGGAGAGAGGUUGUUGAAGCAACUAUUUCCAGUUAUGCUGUAAUGUACAUUAAAAAAAAAAAAAAAGACACACAAAAAAAGGAAUUUAGUGGCGCAAAGUAAAGAGAAAAUGAGCCCAUUGAUUUCAUUAUACUUACAGUGUGCUUGCCUGGUUCCUGCUCUUUAGCAUGGUUCACUAAGUAUAAAUCUCAGUUUGCACAACCCAAGCCAAGUGGCUGCCAUCAUUUGACAAUUUGUAACCUCAUAUACAAUUAAGCACUGACAGUGUAGGAGAGGAGAGUCAAUGACCCUUUGAAACAGGCUUAAUAUGACCUGAAUUGUUAGUGAUAUGAUAUCCUAGUAACUUUAUUUGAAAUCAGUUGAAAUAAUGUCACUCAAUCUUAUUCAAAUUGUCGAGUUAAAGGUUAAUUUGGCAUAUGUCCAGCUUAUGAGCCAUAGAGUUAUAUAUAAUUAUGUUAAUCCUUUGACCCCUAAGAGUGACCGAAAUCUAAUUUCUCCUUACAAUAUCACCCCUGAUUCAGGCAUUAAGGUCAUGAGAGUAAAGGAAAUGAUCCCCUACAGAAGGUGCUCUUGAUUGUUAAACUAAUUCUCUUUGUCACCACCUUAGGACAUGUAUAGAGAACAGUAUGGAGAAUAUGCAUACUGAUGUUAGGAUGUAAAGGGUUAGCAGCUGGGCAGAUCUCACUGGGCUCUUUGCUCCCCAUAGAGAAUUUUUCAGCCAAAGUUAAAUUAGAUAAGUUAAAUAAUUAAAGAAUAAAAUAAAUAAUAUCUUGAUCUGUGGGUGAUGAGGAGAGGAUUGACCCUGACAGGUAAACUGCAACUAAAAACAAUCAACAAAUUUGGUUUUAUCAAGUGGUUUUUAUUCUAAAUUGACCUUAAGCUGACCUUUCAAUCAUUAGCCCUUCCUCAGAGUGAACGCUUACCCCUGUUUGCCAUUAAAAGGCUCAUUGUAAGCUGUGUCAUCUUGUCUGUCGCUAUUUUAAUGUGGAAACUUUGCAAUGCAAAUCACUUGGCUGUUUGAAGUGGGCCAGCUAACUUAAAAUGGCAAAUUGGAGCUAUAUACUAGCAAAGAAAACUAUUUGAAUCCAUUGUGCUUGACCAAGCAGUGUUUUUUGCCAAAAUUAGUUUUUUAAGGCACUUGCAUUGGCAAAGAAGCAUCCCAAACACAAUAGCAGCAUGUAGAAGUUUCCUUUUUUUAAUUAUAAAUAAGCUGAACUUAAAGCUUCUGGCUGAACUAAUUCAAUCAUUCUUUCUCUCUCUUAUCAGGUACAGGAGAUGCCAAUGCUGUUGUAAGAAGUACUGUAAUGUAUUCUUUCCAAGUGACCCUAUACCUCCUGACACACCAACUAAGCCACGAAGACCAAGCCUUGUUGGGUAUUCAAGUAAGAUCUUAGCUUGAAAAUGUUAACUUAGUUUUGUUAACCCUUUACCUCCCAGAUCAAAUUUGCAAUUCUCCUUACUGUCAACAAUACAAUUCUUAUAAUGUUAAAUCAGAGAAUUUAGUAUUGGAUCAACUAAUUAUCCCCAAAUUGAUAUUUUUCUUUAUUCUCAUCACUUAUCUGGUUGAUAUUGUAUUGAUAUUGUAAGGAGAAAUUCUGUAUUGGUCACUCAUAGGAAUUAAAGGGUUAAGUCAUAUUAUAGUAUUUUGAUUUUGUAUAAAGUGUACAUGGGUUUUAACCACAAAAAGCAGUGUUUUAGACUUUGAGCACUUUGAACAUAAUGAAUGCUUUUUGUUAUGGUAAGGUUGCUUUUUAAUCUUAUUAGCUGUGUAAUGUUAACAAUGUGUAUUAUGUAACUUACAAUACAGUAUAUCACAGUCAUUCACCCUGGGUAAGCCUGACCAUACUUUCUAGUUCACAAGGUUUACUAGUGUUGUAGGUUUUCUAUGAGAACAAGUUAGAGUAAAGCUAUCUCAUGUCAUAGGUGUUUUGUUCUUAGAUCUCUCUUACUUUACAGUAGAUCUUUAGUUUGUUUUAGCAGAUUGACAAAAUGUAUUAUAAUAAACAAAAUGUUUGAAUUGUUUAAAUAUUGAUUGAGACUUUUUGAUAAUAAUUUCACAGUUCAUUUUCUUGACUUUUCACAGACAAUAUACUUACUUAAUAUUUGACUUGUGGCUCUGUGAUAUUUAGCGAAUUAUCUGCCAUUGUGGUUUCUUGAACAGUACAUUGUCUGACAAGUGAAUGUUGUUAUCAUUUGGCAGUUUUAUCAUAUCAGUUGGGUUAUCUUUAUUCUGUUUCAAGUUGUAAUAUCCCAAAUUAUGGAUGAAGACUAUUGUCAUGUUCUGCCUACGUAAGAGGCUAAUUGGUUUCUUGCAUGUGUAUUUGUGCAACUCCAUUUGGUUCCAUGUGCUGUGAAGUAAUUGUAUUUGAAACUGUAGAUGAUGAUACUCAAAAAAUGUCUUUUUUUUUACCUUGGGUUAUACAUGGUUGAAAUCAUCUCCCCCACACUAUAAGUUAUUUCAUAAAUCUGUUCAAACCUGUAUUUGCCACAAAUGCCACCAAAAGGGCUAAUUAUGGUUUCCUCUUUUCAUCUUAUCUAGUAAUUGGUUGAAAUAAAUUAUUAACAAUCCAAGGCAAUCAUUUCUUAUUGAGAAAUACCUGUUCAUAAUAUUAGAAGUUCAUAAGGCAUAUUUCUCAGCUCUAAAUGACACCCAGAAAAUUAGGAGGAUGGAUCACUUUUAAAAAUAAACAGCCUCACUAGUAAUUUGAUGGAAAAUGAAAUUUUUAUUUCCUUGAAGUCUACCAGCAUUUUUCAUUUUCUACCUGUGUGGUAGUUUCUAUGCACAAAUCUUGAUAUCUGUAUGAAUUUUGAAUUCAGCUAGAGAUGGAGGGGAGAGUUUCAGCGGCACAAACAUCAGGUCCAUAUAAAGCUUAUGAACUGUCUGUUACUUUCUAGAUUUUGCAGCACUGUACAGCUUUAGAUUAUAUAUUUUUCUUAAGAAAUCCCAAGAAUCAAAGUUGCUGUAUAUUUUGUCUCAGAUUAUAUCAUUUGUUGUACUUUUUGUGGUCUAUAGAUACAUUCUGUAUGCAAAUUAUUCUUAUUGUUUUGGAUGGUUGAAUUCUCAUUUCUUCAAGGAUUUUUAAAUCUAAGCAGUUUUACUCCAUUUGCCAUUCUGUAAAAAAUACUUGGUUUUUUUUUACAUGAACUGAUUUGAUCAAUCUGUUGUAUUUUAGAAGGAAGCACAAUGACUUAUUUUCUUUAGCUUAAUAUUAAUUUUUUUUGGUGAUGUGGAAAUGCUAAUCAGAUAAUAUAGACAUACUUGCCACAUAUAGCAUAUUCAUCAGUUUAACUUUAAGAUAAGUUUUAGUUUUAAAAUUUUCUCUUCACAAUUGGGAUGAGAAAAGAUGCAUCAAGGUGUGUGUGGGUGAUGGUGUUGGUGAUUCAUUUGACAAGGGUGUAUUUCAUAAGGAAAAAGGGCUUAGAACUUAUUAGCUGAACUUAUGGCUGUUGCUAUUAAAUAUUUAAGACUCUUAACACUGUGAACAAUUAUUAUGGGUAUUUUCAGCAGCAUUUCUUUCUUUUCUUUUAACUUUUCAUCCAGGAUAAAAGCUAAUUCAUUGCUCUGUUUCAGAAUAUAAACAUGGAGCUAUUCCUGUGGAAAAUUUUGCCGCUCAUGUGAAACUCAUGCAUACAGAUGGCGACUACAGAUUCAAUCAGGAAUUUGAGGUAAAGUUGAUCAUUUUCAUAUUAUCUGUUUUCUCUAUUUGUUUAAGCUUGCUUAUCCUCCUUUCAAUGAUUCAGCAAGUUAAGAAAACACAUGGACAGAAGGUAGCUAUAAAUUGGGAAUGCAAUUUUUUAUUUUGAAAAAAGUGUAGGUCUCUGUACAGAAAGAUUUCAACUGGAAGGUAAAAGGGAACAAUGUUUGAGAUAAUUACAAUUAGGUUUUAAUCUUGAUUCAGAAUAACUUGGUUUAUAAAAUUUGAAUGAGAGUUUUUUUCAGUUGAUGACAGAAACAAUGAUCUCUGGUAAUGGCAAUGCUACAAAGUUUGCAAUGAAAAAGUUUUGUCCCAGAUUAGGGAAUAGUGCUGGUGAGAGAUUUUGUCGGGGAGAGCAAAUUCACACUAAGAAAUACAUCUGGAUUUAAUGCUUCUGAUAAGAAUUAAUUUUGAAUUAUAUUAUAGACAAGAUGAGAUUUGAAGUGCAGAAGUAUAUAAAAACUAUAUUAGACAUGGGUUAACAAAUACACACACAAACAAAAACCAGUUUGACAGACAAAAAAUUUGAUGCACUUAAUAAAAGCUCUUUCUUAGUGAAAAGUGAAGCUUAAAUAAUGGAAAGUUAGGAUCCUUCUGUCUGCCCAGCUUUUAGUUUUUUGUCCAUAUACUGUAAUAUCAUGGCAUAUUUCACACCUUUUAUUGCCCUAUUAUGGUAAAACAGGGUAGUAGAGGAAUGAUGAAUUGGCUUUUUGUAUUUUGUGAAGUCUGGAGGGCAAAAUAAAUACUUGCAAUUUGAAUUGGAUGAAGUCAAUAAUUUAAGUAUUGUUUUUCUCUUUCUAGUCAUUGCAAAGUGUUCAUGUCAAGAGCAAGACAUGGAUAAACAGUGAAAAACCAGAGAACCAAUCCAAAAAUAGAUACAAUAAUAUUGUAGCUUGUAAGUAACAAUUUUUUGUCCUACACUUGUUGCACAGUCAUGGGUCUUGAAUGAUAAUGUCGAACAUGAUACUGGAGAGUCUGCUAUUAAGUAUUUUGGAGCUUCUAAAUGGAGUAGCCAUGUUGCUAUUUAACAACACUGCCAUGUUGGCAAUUAUAGUAGCAUAUUUUCAUGAACAUUUGUUACAUAAGUGAUAGAAGUACAUUUUGCUGAUGUCUGUCUUGGUGUGGGCAGUUGUCACUGUUGCCAUGAGAUCCAGCUUUCUUGAUUGGAACAUGAUCUUUAAAGGAUGGAUUUUUUUAAUUAAAAAUCCUUUUAAAAAAAUUGUUUUUGACAUUGAGGUAACAGCUUACAUGUUUUAUUUUGGCCUUGAACAAUACUAGAUCAAGUGAGAAGAACAAUUUUUCUUUAAGUGACAUGACCAUAAUAUGUAACACAUUUCUGUUAUCAUCUUUUUUGUUGACUGUUAUCAUCAUUUUUAAUUUUUAUUCCACUGCUCACUUGGAAUCAGUAAAGCAUGUUUAUGCAUGUGUGCAUAAACAUAAUUUUUUUCUCUUUGAACAGAUGAUCAUUCAAGGGUGAUUCUGUCUUUGACAGAAAAUGAACCAGAUUCACACUAUAUCAAUGGAAACUAUGUUGAUGUAAGUGUGAUUUAGUAGUAAGCUGUUGGUAGCUAAAAUUUCAUAUCUUUCUUUCGAAAAGUGUUCUUUAAUUUUUAAUAUCUUUUGUGCUCUUUGCAAAUGAAUCAAGUUUUACUCUAUUGAGUGUACUACUUUCUCAGAAACAUUGACCAAACAUAUAAUCACCUUGCAUGAGGUGAUUAUAGCUAGAUAUGCUACAAUCCCUGACCAAUCAGAGUGCACACGUCUCUCUAAUCAGCAGAACAAAAGUAUUAUUAUUAUUACCAUUUUAUUGAUAACUAUUUUUUUUAUUUAAUUUCUAGAGCUUCAAGAAAGUAAACGCUUACAUUGCAACUCAAGGUAAGGCUGACAUUUUGAUGUACAAUGAUUAUGACUAUUACAAUUAAAAUAAUUUUCAAGGUCACUAUAAUACUCAUAAUGAUAUAUGCCAUCAUCACUUUAUGUUUUAUCCGUUCACAUUGUUUUUUGAUGUUACACAAAAUUAUCAUAAUUACUACCUUUCAUCAUAACAUAGUGAGUAAAUUUAUCUAAUCAAAUUCAAUCGCGCAAACUUGCUUCAUAUUCCUAUUGUGCACGCUCGUGAUGUCAGCAAACAAAUCCCUCGAAAAAAAAUUUUUCCAUUGGGUUGAAAAUGUUAUAAAACAAUUGGUUCAUACGUCAGCUGUGUGUUCAUCAAGAUAUGAAGCACUUGGGAAGUUUGGAGAGCACUCAAGAAGCUAGAGUUGCUCUUGGCUACGCCUCGAGCAACUCUUACACAUCUUUUGUGCUCUCCAAAUUUCCCAUGUGCUUCAUAUCUCGAUGAAUGCAUGCUGAGAUAUGAACCAAUUGUUAAAUUUAAAUCAGGUGACAAUUUUUGAAAGUAAAGUAUGGAAAGUGUAACAUUUGUAAGGUUAAUUUAUGAGAUUGUAAAGGAGGCAUUGUGCAGGGAAGGGCUCUUUGGCAACAUCCUCUGGUAAUUAAUUUUAAUUUUUUUAUACCAGCUAGGAAUUUGCUGCAGUUUAAAAUUCAUCUCCCUCAAUCAGUGUUUGUUUGCACAUGUUUCUUUUUAUUGAAAAAUUGUUAAUUGAUUAAUGGUACUUUACCUUAUGCUUUUCUGAUGCUAUUACUAUCAUCUAAAAAUAUGCUAAAGUUUCAAGACCUACUUUAAUUAUUUAAGGAGAUAUUCAUGUUUCUUCCAAGUAAUAAAGGCAUUGAUCUUUUGCUGGAAACCUUGUAGUUAACAAGAAUACAACAUCUUAAGUCCCAUUUAUUUUUGGUCUUUUGAAGGACCCAUGGCCAACACAAUCAAAGAUUUUUGGAGGAUGGUCUGGGAACAAAACUGUACAGUUGUGGUCAUGAUCACGAAUAUCAUAGAAAAAGGAAGGGUAAGUCAUGCUUGUCAAAAUUAUUUUUUUGUUUAUUUUUAUCACAAAAUGUACCAUAGGGAUGUGAAAUUCUCUUAAAGCCAAAUGGUGCCUUUGGUCAGUGUUGACUUGGUGCACACAUUUCUGCUUGUGAUAUUAUGGAAUUUAAAAUUUGACUACUAUUCGUAAGUUGUAAAUCAAAUAUACUAUGAUGAAUCAUUUGAAUUGAGAUUGAGAUUCCUUACAUUUCCUCUCAGCAUAAAUGUGCAAUGUACUGGCCUUCUAAACAAGCUAAGAGUGAAGCUCAUGGUCCCCUAAGAGUAACCUACUUAGAUGAGGAGGCUUUUGCUCAUUACACUUUGCGUCGAUUUGAAGUAAAACCAGUUGAACACAGCACACACUAUAGUCAGGUAUGUUUGAAGUUUACAUUUUUGAGCAGAUAUGAGAUAAACAUGUACGAUUAGAGUAAAAUUGACUUUAUAUUCAACAAGGCAGUACCUAUACCCAUGCAUGGUAAGUCUUAAAAAUUUUGGUGUGAAAGUCACCAAUUCUGCAACUUGUGUUUGACAGUCACACAGCGAGGUGCAGUGUUUUCAUUAGGAAGUGUUCAUGGUCUUGGGCUGAAGUGUGAUGAAUUUUGGCUUGAAAUAUCAUUCUUAUGCUAUUUUGUUUUUGUUAAUUAUGAUUUGCUCCUUUCUCCUUGGUUGUUUGAGCUGUAAGCCUUUAUUUGUGGAAGGAAAGUUAAAAAACAAUUGCCAGUCAUAUCGUUCAUUCCAAAGACCUGUGAUAUGGUCAGUGACAAGUUCAUGUGCAAUAUGCCACUUAUUGUCUCUUUUUUUUCUGGCAAUCAAAGCUUUUCUUAUUGAAAUGAUCACCAAAUGGUGGCUUUCGAAUACUAAGGCUUGAAACAUUUCUUUGGAUGCUUAAGCUUGCAGUACAAUGACAUGGAUGUCACUCACUAUAACAUCAAAUGUCAUUUUAAAAAUUAUCACUAUUAUAAGUAUUCAUGAAGCUCAGUAAGCUCACAGUAUAUUGUACAACAUAUCACCUUUAUGUCCACUUCAACUUAUGUCUAAUAAAUUAGAACAACAGUUGUUUUAAAAUUAACUUUUUUAUACUGUUGUUUAUCUUGCAUGCAAAGUAUAAAUAUUCAUCUAGGAUGGUUACCAUCGGCAUAAACUGGGUAAGACUCCUUUGCAGUAAUAUUCUUGUUCAUCUCAGCCAAACAAGGAAGUAAAUAAAAUUAAAACAAUAAAACAAUGAACAAUAAUAAUAAAAUAAAUGAACAAACAUUUGCCAAGAGGAAUCUUGAGCCAUGUAAACAGAGAGGGCACAAAAGAAAAUGAAAUGUUACAGUUUUAAAAUGAAAUACCUCCCUAUUAGCCUUUGAUAAGCUAUUGAUGAUUCAUUAAGUAAUUAUUUUUCAAAGUUGCUUUUAUGAUAAAGAACCCCAAAGUAAAACUGAAAAAUGGUAAAAUAGUACAUCAAAGCAAAAUUGAAAAAAUUUAAAAUUUACAAGGUGAACUUUCAUCAAAUAUCUUAAAUUUUUGACGUGUAUAUUUGUUGAAAAUUGUUAGUUUACUACUUGAUGAAUUUAAUUCAACAAACUUGUUUACUCAGGCACUUGAUUUAGAAUAAUUAAUAACACUUUUGAUAAAUCCAUUGAUUGCAGGCAAACUGAAUUUAAAAUCUUAUUUUGAAACAAGGUUAAUUGCAACAAGUGCAACAAGUUCAUGAUGAGCCACCUUAAAUUUUUGAGAAUCUGAGUUUGAUUCAAACUCAACUAUGGCAGCAAGUGUCAAGUUUAUGUGAAAGUCUCUUUUUAUUAAAUAAUUAUUCACCCAGAAAAAAAAAAAAAGGAAAUAAGUGCUUUAUUGCCAUUUUACCUUCAAGGUUGACACAAAUUGGCUUUUUUGUUUUCAUUAAAAUAUGAACAAAACUUAAGGCCAUGUUUUUUAACAGUUUUCUGCAAUACAUAAAAGUGGACAAAACAUAAAUACUGGUAUAUGCCUGGCAAUUUAAAACUAGCUACUUGUUCAUACGUAUGAAGUAUGGAAUCAAGUGCUGUGGCCGUGAUUGAUCUUAUAUAUAACAAACUGUGAUUUUUUUUACAUAUAACCUUUCUUUUAAUUGGGUGGCCCUGCUCAAAAUUGUACCAUGAUUAAUUGUGUUAUGAUGAUGUGUUAAAAUUAUGCCUUAAAUUGUAAUAACAAGACAUGUAAUAUUUUCAUGAUUAUAACAAUUUACUAAUUUACUAAAGAUGUAUUCCAUGUACCGUUUUCUGAGAUGUAAAAAAAACCUAUUAUAAGAAUUACAUACUAUUAUCAACUAGUUCCUCAUGGCUGUAUAUUAAAUUCUUGAUUUUUCUCUCUUUUUUUCUGGGCAGGAUGCAACAGAAGACGAAGUCAAACCAAUGAUUGUGUGUCAGUACCAUUUCACUGGUUGGCCAGACCAUGGUGCUCCAGAUCAUGGCUGUGAGUACCCAGCUCUGGACUUUAUAUUCAAGUCAAGUGCUGCUAGUCAAGAAGGGGCAGGUCCCAUCAUUGUUCACUGCAGGUGAUAAUUGCUACUGAAAAACUAUCAGUGCUAAAGUUUCAGAGGUUUCAAUAACUUUUCUCAAAUACUGAAAAAUUAUCAGUGCUAAAAUUUUAGGGGUUUCAAUAACUUUUUUCAAAAGCAGCUGCUGAUGGUGUGGGAAGUGACUGUGCCCAAAAAGGGGCAGUAACUUGAAACCCAAACAGAUGGUGGUACAAGGUGUUAUAGGUGAUGAUAGAUGGCCAGUAACCAGCUUUUAUUGAAACUUCUGAUGUUAAACAUUGGCCAUAGACUGAUGACAUUAAUUAAACGGCAAAUGAAUUUACUUUGUGGCUUUAGAAUGUACCUGACAUUCCAUGACAUUUAAAAAUGAAUGAGGAAUUUAUUUUGCAUGAAUCUGCAAUCCAGCUUUCUCAUAUUUGAGUAAGUGCUCUGUUUUGAAUUAGAAAUGUGUUUUUGUUUCAGGUUGAAUAAGACUUUCAGGCAGUGGUCAUUGCCCAUAUGAAACAGUCUUUUUAAUUAAUCUGUUUUACAACUUUGAAUGGCAUCUGAUAUUUGGCUAAUUUAAGUACCAUUUAAUUUUUUUGACCAGAAAAAAAAAUAUCAAAAUUGAUUCAACCCUGUAACUUCCAUUACUGACCAAAGCAGAAUUUCUCCUUGCAAUAUCAAUACAGUGUCACACAGACAAGUCAUGAGAAUAAAGAAAAAUAUCACUUAGGGUAUAAUUAGUCGAUCCAAUUUAAAAGUAUCCAAAGUAACAGAAUGAGAAUUGUAUGGCAGACAGUAAGGAGAAUUACUAAUGAGAUCCUAGGAGUGAAAAGAUUAAAAACACUUCUUGUUCUGAGAUGUGGAUUCUAUUUCUGUUUCAGUGCGGGUGUUGGUCGAAGUGGGGCAUAUAUUGUUAUCCACAGCAUGAUGAAAAGAAUGAUAGAGAUGAGGGAUGUUAACAUCUUCGACUUUGUUGCUCAGAUACGUCAACAGAGAAAUCAUCUUGUACAAGAGGAGGUUGGUGAAGCCACCAUUACAGGAUGGCAAUUUAAAAAAUGCUCAUGGUAGUUAAAACCAGUCGACUUGCAUUCCUUUGUGGAUUACUCCGGAUUCCAAAGGAAAUGGAAAAAUGAAUAAGUUAAAAACCAAAUCAACUGAUUUGAAUUAUUCGUAUUGCGAGGAUCUUUAUCCCCGCUAUUCAUUUGUCGUGUUUUAUCUUGAGGUAUAGAAACUUGAGUCAUGUGCAGCUUCAAUUCACAAUCUUCACAAGACUGGUCUAUGGCAACAGUCCGAAAUAAAACGCAAUGCAAUAAUACAUUACAGUGAACUUUAUGUAUGCCGGCUGUCGGCUCAUACCUGUAUAUUUACAUAUGUACUUUUGGCAUUUCGCUCUACAUUACUAUCGAUAGUUUUUUUAACCGCAAUUGUUGCCGCAAACAUGUAAUUCCACAAAAGUCUCUUCCACCUUUUUUACCCCAAAAUUUCAUAACCCUUAAAACCUGACCUUGUGAAAGUUAUUUCUUCCCUUUGUCUGAGUACAUUACCUGAGUUAUGUCUUAGAGGAUCUUAGAGUGUCGAAAAUCAUCCGGUGUAGCAUUGGGUUUGCUUUACUUAGCUCUGUGAUUGGUCCAAAAAACUCGCGCCACUCUUUAAACCAAUCACGUGGAAAAACUUAAUAUAAUCACAACUUGGUCGCCCGCAUUUUCCCGCGUUUUAAGCGGUUUACAUGUUUUUACUUUGAGUUUUCAUUGGCUGUUGAGGGUUUUGUCCCUCCCUCCGAUUGGCCGUUGUCAUUAAUUUGGUUUUACUGUUACGACACCCAAUCCAAAAGCGCUCUCAGUAUUACUACCCUGUAUUGUCUGAGUCAUCUGUUUUCGUGCCCUCAUGAGUUUAUGUUGGAAGCUGUUGAAGUUAGACAUGAACACAUCUUUUGUUCUUGUUUCAGUGUCAAUACAUUUUUGUACAUGAUGCCUUGCUACAUUUCAUUGAAAGUGGGUUUCAGCUGUCAAUCCCCAUAGAUGAACUGAAAGAUCAUGUACAGAAGUUGAGGAAGAACUGCUCGAGUACAAGCGGACUUGAAGUGGAAUUUGAGGUUAGCGUUCAUCAUUCAGAGGCAGGAGGGGAGGGGAGGGGGUGGUGCAUAAACCAAUUUGCUGCAAGGAGGUUUUUCUUUGUAUUAAUUUCCUCCCAAGUCUUUAGUUAUUAAGAAUCACUAAAUGUUUUCGUAUAUGUUGAACAUGUUAUUACAUUAUGUUCACAGUAAUUGGACUACUUGAAAUUGUUAUUAAUAUUUUUUGAUGUGUUAACAGACUUUUUCGUGUUAGUGUAUAUACUUUCCGUCGAAAAAUACUUUAUUAUUUAUUGCAGCCGUACUAAGCUGGUAUUAGUUUGUCCAUUUCUAUUGUUAUUUGUUUUGGGAAGAUACGUGGCAGUGCUUUAAAUUCUCUUGAUGUCAAGUUGGUUUUGUGGCUGAGACUUGUCGCAAACUUGUUGAAACGUCUCUUAAGUGUGAGAGAAUUGCAUGGGUAAUAGAACGGUCCAGUCUUGUUUGUUUGUUUUCUUAUGAUUUUACAAAUGAUUAUCGUGAUUCUAAUUUCUUAGUGUAGAGUUUUGGUCGACUGAACUGCGGAAUGACAAGUACAGCGAUUGGAAUCAUGUCAUCAACUCUACAGCUAAAAAAACAUCUUUCUCAAUACAUUUACGCUCACGAAGCUUUUGAUAUUUCUGACUGUUGCGGUAUCUAGUGCGCAAGCAAUGACCUAACUGACUGACGAAUUUUCUGUACUUCAGAAGUAGAGCAACAGAGAUUGGAAUCUGAUGGUUUGGGGCUCGAUGUGUCAUGGGAACUUAGACUUUAUUUUUGUCUCGCGCUCGUGACAAGACGCAUAUUCCAGGAUCGAAUUCAAAAUUUACCAUAUUUUGUAAUCUAAGAUUUAGUUGUUUAGACUGAUUGAUGUUUCUAUUGAAGAAAGCUCAGAAACCUUUUCCCUGAUCACUGUGUUCAUUUUGUUUACUUUAGGACUUGAGUGCAAUUCAAGUGAGAUACUACAAUUUGAAGCAAGCUAAGCGUGGGUGCAAUUUAGCAAAGAAUAGAUCAGUAGAUUAUAUUCCAGGUAACAUUUGAGUCUUAAGGCUAUAUGAUUUAUUUUAAUCAAUAAACUGCACUUUCUUUCGUUUAACCGACGAAUUAACCAGCGCAGGAUGUUAAGCGAACAAGAGAAAACUAUGUAAAUCACGAGCCGGAGGCAAGAGAUUUUCAUAGUUUUCGAGUACUUUUUCCUAUAGGUUUACCGCUACAGAAACCACAGGUUUUUGACCAAUCAGGGCACUCAUAGUAUCUUUGGUAUUUUAUAAAGAUUAAUCAGUGAGCUUACUCUGCACCUAUCAAUCAGUUAAGUGACGAGUUUUGUUAAUUAUCUCCAAUGGUAAUGAUAACAUAUUACUGGUUCUUACCAUCUUAGCUGACAGUUCCAGAGUUGAGUUGUAUCCUCGCCCGAGAGAGGAGGGUUCAGAUUACAUCAAUGCAACUUACCUUGCGGUAAGAAUCAGUCCAUUUUAUUUGUGAAGAUUAUAGAUUAGAAAUGAGCUGGAUGUAAAGUGCAAGAACACGUAUCUAGCAACUCUUUCGUAGAGGAAGGAUUUGGAUACAUUUAUCUGAAAAGAACAAAAGUAGAUAAACUUCCUCAGGACCUAAAUUAUGUAAAAAGCAUUAAAAUGAUGACUAGUUGGGGAAGACAAAAACCAAAAUGAAAAAAAUGAGCCAGGAUGCAGGGAGGCAGAGGUGAGCCCUUAACAUCCUAACAUCAGUACCCAUGCUCUCCAUAAUUUUCUUUAUAAAUUUCCUUUGAUACCGACAAGGAAGUUCGUUUAUUGAUCAGAGCUUGUUAGAUUGGUGAUCAUUACCUUUAUUCUCAUGAUCUUAAUGAGUGAUUCAGCCGAGUAUUUCUCUAAGGAGAAACUAUAUGCUGGUCACUCGUAGGGUUUCAAGUGUUAUGCUGGAUUGCAAGUGAUUACAUAUAGGAUUCUUUGUUUUCUUUUGUUUUGUUCACUUUUGUUUUCGGUCUUUGUUCAGUUAAUAAAGCGUAACAUACCUGUAGCCUCGCAAGGAUUCUAAAAUUUCUUCAAAAUUGCUUUAUUGCUUUUAAUGCACAUGUGUGCUAUUAUGUCUUGCAGGGUUUCUGGAAGUCCGAAGCUUACAUAGCAACUCAGUAUCCUCUGGCGGAGACUACGGACGACUUUUGGAGGAUGGUUUGGCAGGAAAACUGUCGCUCACUUGUCAUGCUGCUCAGCAAAGCAGAGAUGGAAGAGGUACUAUACCUAAACAGAACAUUCAACGGUUUGGUGAUACCUUUUAUACUUCUACACUGCGUCAGUUUCCUGUUCAAUGUGGAAUCCAGCAAUGUUGUUUUCUUUUUCAUCCAACUCUUGCAUUUUCUUAGCCUACUCAUUUUAACCAACUUUUGAAUCGACACUUCUUAAAAAAAAAAGAAGGACAAAGGUGGGUAACAUGAAGAAAGCAGCCAAUUACAUAAAGAAUUCGCCUCAGGGCAUAGUGGAGUGUCGCUAAGCGUACUUUUGUUUUCCUUUUUGUUUUUAGAGACCUUUUGAUCCAUAUGAGUAAAUAAAUUUUGUUACUUUGGUUUUAUUAUGAAGUAAUUUUCAGCAAUGUUAAUCGUUAUAAACCAAGGGGCGUAACAACUGCGUGCUUACCUGAUUUGUAGAAUUUAAGGUAGCGUGUUAUACAGUGCUUUGCAAAUUGGAUUUGUGCUUCUUGCUUACAGUCUGCGUAAGCCCAUUGGUAUUUCCCUCACAAUCCAGGGUGUUGAGUUUUACAGGGAGUUAUUCUUCUUUUGUCUGUAUUGUUUAUGAUCGACACUGUUGAUAUUAUUUCAAAUUAAUUUAUUCAUAAUUUUUUUUGUUCUAGAUGUUGUCUCUGUGAACACUAAGCGAUAACGCCAUGAUAUAACUGUAGGUUUGUACUAACUUUUUUUUUCUGUUUCAGGGUUUUUACCAUAGGUAUCUACCGCCUUUAAAUGAAACAACCAGGUUCGGUGACUAUGAGGUGACCGCUGACUCCGAGGCUACACGUGGUGACAUUUUGAUCACAGAACUAAGAAUGGUCUCCAUCAAGGUACACCAUAUAAAAGUUCUUUCGUUUCCACUCACAUCAUGCUUAUGCGGUAUUUCUAAAUUAAACUCCAUGUCAUUUUUUUCACGUGAAGGGAGGGGUGGGUGGAGGAGAGGAGAGGAUUAGCAAACUCUAAUCAACUCUAUUUUUUCGGGCUUGUAGGACCCUAGUGAGUACAGAAAUAUCCAACAUUUUCACUUUCUUCACUGGCCUGAAGAUGGCAAUCCAUGGUCUGGUCAGACUAUUCUUCAACUGAUCUGUAAAGUGGACAGCUGGGAGAGGGAAGUGCGACUUAAUGCCAAACCAUUUGAAGUGAUCGGACCAGUUGUGGUGCACUGCAAGUAAGAAAUUUGUCAGAUGGUGUUUGGUUUACUCUUUGACUUUUACGAAAGAUUGUUCAUGUCAAAUUCACUUAGAAUGUCCUAGCAAGCAUUUUUGAAAAUGUGUUGAGAAUGAAGGAAAGUACCGAUAGAGUGAUAAAAAUGUGCUCCUUAGGAGGAAAUGAGUUCGUUACAGAAUGACUACUUAAGAUGAUGUUAUAUGUCGUAACAGUAAGUUGAUAGGAGUACAAUAAUCAAUGCUUUGUUGUUCCUUCUCAGCUAUGGAGUAGGACGGACAGGUGCUUACUGUCUACUGCAUACAAUGUACCAUCAGAUUGAACGCGAGAAGAGUGUCUCCA